CUUUUCCACUCACAUUUUCUUCGUUCUCACACAAAUUGUGUUGGUUUUUUCACAUCUCAUGAGAGGAGUAAAACAACCUAUAAACCAUAACCAUCACAUAUUAUCAAAGAUUCAUCAAUCCAAUUGUACCAUAAUCACCUUCAGUUGUAAUGGAAUCUCCACCUUAUUAUCCACCCCCUCUACCUGCUCACUCGGACUCUUCUCGACCUACUUUAGGCUUCCCUCUCGGUACCGCUUUGCUAUUAAUAGUGAUUUUCAGCCUCAGCGGCAUAUUCUCUUGUUGUUAUCAUUGGGACAAGCUUCGUCACCUUCGUGGUUCGUUUCCAGAUGUAGACGAAGACGAUCACUCGUCACCUUCCAAGCCUAAACCAACUUAUUCGGAAAAGAUGAAAAAAGAGAAUGAGAGUUUGCCGGUAGUGAUGCCAGGAGAUAAGAUCGCAAGGUUCAUAGCAUUGCCGUGUCCGUGUGAACCGCCGACACAAGAAAAGGUCGUUAUACAAGAAACUCAAAAGACCCCAAAGCCACCACAUGUUAGUGUCACACUUUGUUAAACUACUACUAUACUAGUAGUAGUAAUUUAUAUUAAUAUAUUUGUACAUACAAAUGUUUAUAGAUUUAUAUAUAUAGUAUUUGUUUGACUUAAAUUUAUAUAUUUUAAUCAAACAUUUUGAUUCUUCUUCUA